CAGGAUUUAGCAAAAUCUGGCAGCCUUAAACGCCUUUGGGUUUGCAAGACUCUCAAUGCCUCCCAUCAAUAAACAAAAAGGAAUCGCUUAGGAACACUCUUAUUGCAUGGAGGCUGGGACUUCUCCACGUCCGCUUGGCUUCGUUCCUGUGCUCUUUGUGCCCUCAUUUAUUAUCCCAACAACCACAAGCAACAAAGGUCAAAGUAGCUAUUGAGUAGCUAGCUAGUAACUACUGGUUAGCUAGUAGAAUUGAAGUGUAGUAGUAUGACGGCGCACUUACUAAUGGGUGGCAACGAAGACAAAGAUAAACGACGCAGUCUGAUGCGCGGAAGCGUCGGAGGCCUUGGUCGCAUGCAGAGCAUGAGGAAGCUCGCGAGCAUUCGUCAUUUGGUAACGGGAGGUCCUCAAUAUGGCGCCACUCUGAUGGAAGACAGCGAUUACAACGAGUCCUUUAACAUUUCCUUUCGAAAUCUAGAUGGUCCUGCUGGCAAUGGCGUUGGCAAUGGCAACAAGCAGCGGUCGCUCGAUGACUCCGUCUUGGGAGAGUUGCAGAAAGACAGAGGUUUCACAGACUUGACCAACAGCGGUGGUCUACAGUUCACCGAGGAAAAUGGGCUGCAGUUUGAUCCAAAGAGAGUGACUGAACACUCUAACUCUAUUCCUGAGGAAGAAGAUGGUCUGUCCGUCAACACCGACAAACGGAUGGCGGUCAGUCGAAGGAAUCAAAUGAGUCGAAUGCAGUCCCGAAGGAGUCUUGUCAAGACACAAACCGAGCCAAGGAUCCGGCGCUCGCUUCGAGGGGAAACCGAAAGCCCGGUCAAAGCGCAAUCACCCAUGGGAAGCAGCAGCAACAGAGACAAAAGCAGGAGCAGCCGAAGAUCCUCCACACGCAGAUCCUCCACGACAACCAGCAUGAGCAAUACGUCCAGCCGAAGCAACACUUCCAGCAGGAGAAGGAGCACAUCCAGGCGCUCUUCCACCAGAGACUCCAAGAGCAGGUCUGCUUCCACUUCCAGGCGAACAUCCACCAGGGGAGAACGAAGGCAAAGGAAGCCAACCGUUCCGGAGGAAAAGAAGAUAGACGCGGAAGAAUCAAAGAAGCAAAAGCAAGCCACUGCGGAGGAUGCUACAUGUACAGAAGAUGAAAGCUUGAGCUCUUCUUCGGAAAGCAGCAGUCAUGGUGCCAAUCCCGCAGAAACCAAAGCUACCCAAGAACCAAACCUAGACCAAAAAGACGAGCGCAAGGAUGAACGCAAAGAAGCUCGUACACAAUCUGGACGGCCCACUAACAGUAACAGGAGAACCUCCACAACGAACACACCCACCACACCCAACAACCGAAGAACUUCAACGACCGGACCACAACGACCUAGAAUGAUGCACAGGGCGCAAAGCAUUCGAGGAAACCUACUCACGUCACUCAGUGAACGGGGACAGUCCACGCGAAAAUUGCUUGCCUGCAAACGAGACACUACACCCAAGAUACGAAUCACUAAAACAUCCGAAGAAGCAUCCAGAAACGGCACCAGUAGUAGUACAAACAAGCCCCGACGGCAUCGAUCCACUGACGGCGCAACCAAGAAAGUUCGAAGACACAAGUCUACUGACGGCACCAAGAGCAUGGGUAGCAGCAGCAGGCGCGAUCGGGUCCGGCGGCAUCGCUCUGCUGACGGAAGCAAUGACACCGUGGAAAGCACCAAGGCAACCGACAAGCAGGUCAAUAAGGAUACUGCCGCCGCGGCCGGAGCUUAGCUUUAAAAGAUUAAGAUCGACGAAUGCAGGAACCCCUUGUGCUUGCCAAAGCUUCGGGGGAGCCGUGAACGAGAAACAAGAGUUUGCCGCAACUAUAAGGCGGUACCGGUACCACCAAAAGCAAUUCAAUAAGGAUGCACUCUUUUGAUUUUUAACAAACUUGUAGUCACUCAGGUUACCCUUUCUCUCUUGACUACCCCUUUGUUAGUCCGAUAGCACUUGAAAGCCGCACCUCCGAAUGUUCAAGUGACAGAAGCCCCACAAAGGUAUGUUGUCCCAUGGCCGCGUUGGGUGACUGGGCCAAGUGAAGGCUACCAGAAGCAAUGGAGGGCACAACAAGCAGAAGGCGUUCGACAGCUGUCAGAAGCCGGCAUUCCGUUGAAGCUGGAGCCUUCUUCGAGUCGAGUCGAACUAUGACUAGCUAGAGCUUGAGGGGAUUGUUUGAUCGGUAACUGACUGCCUGGCUAGUUGGUUAUCGAAUGGAGUCAAAGCAUCAUGCAAAGUAAAACUAAAUUAGUUGGACCACAACGCAACAAACUGGCAUGGCGCCACAAAAUAUGUGAACCAUGUCAAUGCCCCAUUGCGCACUCGUUCAAGCUAUAACAAGAUUCCCGCAGCGUUGAUGAGGGCUAUCAGGAUUGCCAAAAGUGCCAGUUUUGAUGAAGACGAUACUGCGCUACUUGUCCAACCACCUGCGGUAUUCUUCGUACGUUUUGCAGACUCGAUCAAGUCUUCUUCAUCAGAGGUACCGGUACCUUCUCUGUUCAGCGACCUGGUCUGCUGGGGGCGAUGGCCCUCCUCUGCAAGCAGUUCGGCCAGGUAGAGGUCCUCCAAGUCAUCUUCCGGUGCGCUCUGGAUCCUUCUUCGACUCUCUGUGUCCGUCUCAUUUUGACCGUUGGCAUCAGCUGCUGCACCUGCCUUCUUUUUAUGCUUGUCGCGCCCAUGCACUCCAUGGUGCCUGUGACUUGAUGGGAAUACGUUGUGCCCAAUACCUUCCACUGCGAAAAUAGUUUCUGGAUUCAUCACUAACAAGCUUCGGUCCAGUCUGCCCUCGCGGAUACCCUUCCAAGUGAUCAUCAUGUAAUUCUUCUCAAUCUCUUCCAGGUGACCGUCAAGGUGCUUCAGAAGAAGAUUAUAGUGCGCG